UAUGGCGUCAACGUCACGUCAAAAUGUCGCGUCCGGAGGAAUAUUUGAUCUUCCUCGCGUUGCUUACAGUGAAUCUACAAGACAACUCCUAAAAGAUCUCCUGCAGGAGGCAGCCGUCAGCAGGCAACACCAGCGGUACAUCGAGCGGUGGGUGGGCAGCGGCGGCUCGCUUCCCCGGCAGGAGGCCCUCGCGGCGAACAGCCAGGACCCGCACGCCCUCGGGAGACCCCCCACGGCCAGGAAGACCCCGCGCCCCCACAUCCAGACGAAGCGGUCCCACGAGGCCAUCAAGAGCAUGGGCCUCUACGCCCCCAACACGCACUACGUCCCGCCGCCGCCCAAGUACGGGCCGGGGUCGAAGGAGCGGUGCCAGGAGCUCAUGGCAUACGGGCGCGAGGGCGUGACCACCCACCCGACGCCCAGGAGGAAGGCGCGGCAGCAUCUGCAGGAGCCCAAGUCGGAUCGCUUUUCGGAGUUGGUUCACGAGAUGGAGGAGCGGGAACUGGCUUGAGGCGAUGGAGGCCGUGGGCGCCGGCGACGAGUACCGCCCCCUGAUCGCGUCCCAACUGGCUCUCAAGCUUCGCGACCUCGAACUCCUCGACCAGGAGCGCGCCCAGGGAUCUCGCCCGCUCGAUGAGAAUUAGUCAAGCCGGUAAUUCGGCUUCGGAGGGUGGAAAGGAAGGCGAGG